GGGGCGGACCUCGGCGCGCUCCCGGCCGCUCGCGGGCUGUGGAGCCGCGGCGGCUCGUCUGCCGGGUCGCGCCGGAGGACGGGCUUCGGGCGGCGGCCUGGGCGGCCUGCGGACGGACGGACGGGCGGGCCGAGUCGCAGGCCCUGCGCCUGCCGUGUCCCCCUCCUGCCGGCGCGGGCCCGCGCCAUGGCCGCCUCGCCGGGCUCAGGCAGCGCCAACCCGCGGAAGUUCAGUGAGAAGAUCGCGCUGCACACGCAGCGGCAGGCCGAGGAGACGCGGGCCUUCGAGCAGCUCAUGACCGACCUCACCCUGUCGCGGGUUCAAUUUCAGAAGCUUCAGCAACUGCGUCUUACACAGUACCAUGGAGGAUCCUUACCAAACGUGAGCCAGCUGCGCAGCAGUGCGUCCGAGUUCCAGCCGUCAUUUCACCAGGCUGAUAGCGUGCGGGGAACUCGCCAUCACGGGCUGGUGGAGAGGCCGUCCAGGACCCGCUUUCACCCUCUUCACCGAAGGUCUGGAGACAAGCCAGGACGACAGUUUGAUGGUAGUACUUUUGGAGCCAUUUACUCCUCACAGCCCCUGGAUGAGAGUUGGCCAAGGCAGCAGCCUCCUUGGAAAGAAGAAAAGCAUCCUGGGUUCAGGCUAACAUCUGCACUUAACAGGACCAAUUCUGAUUCUGCUCUUCAUACGAGUGCUCUGAGCACCAAGCCCCAGGACCCCUAUGGAGGAGGGAGCCAGUCGGCUUGGCCUGCUCCAUACAUGGGUUUCUGUGAUGGAGAGAAUGAUGUACAUGGGGAAGUUGUGUCUUUCCCUGGCCCAUUGAAAGAAGAGAAUCUAUUAAAUGUUCCCAAGCCACUGCCAAAACAGCUGUGGGAGACCAAGGAGAUUCAGUCCCUGUCAGGGCGCCCUCGAUCCUGUGAUGUUGGAGGUGGCAAUGCUUUUCCACACAAUGGUCAAAACAUAGGCCUUUCACCCUUUCUGGGGACCCUGAACACUGGGGGGUCGUUGCCAGAUCUAACCAACCUCCACUACUCCACGCCCCUGCCAGCCUCUCUGGACACCGGCGACCACGUCUUUGGUAGUAUGAGUGUGGGGAAUAGUGUGGGCAACCUUCCCGCUGCUAUGACUCACCUGGGCAUUAGAAGCUCUUCUGGUCUCCAGAGUUCUCGGAGUAACCCCUCCAUCCAGGCCACGCUCAAUAAGACAGCGCUUUCCUCUUCCCUGAAUAGCCACCCACAGACAUCCGUUCCCAACACCUCUGCUCUUCACCCUUCACUCCGUCUCUUUUCCCUUAGCAACCCAUCUCUUUCCACCACAAACCUGAGCGGCCCCUCUCGGCGUAGGCAGCCUCCCGUCAGCCCUCUCACGCUUUCUCCUGGCCCUGAAGCACCUCAAGGUUUCAGCAGACAGCUCUCUUCAACCAGCCCACUGAACGUAUAUCCUGUUUCGCAGAUGGUGUCCUCCGAUCGAAGCCCGCUCUCCUUCCUGCCCACAGAAGCUGAAGCCCACGUGUCCCCACCGCCCCCUUACCCCACACCUCAGGAGCUCCCCCAGCCUCUCCUGCAGCAGCCCCAUGCCCAGGAGCCGCCUGCUUCGCAACCCCCGGCAGCCUCAUCUCUGCCGCAGUCAGACUUCCAGCUCCUCACGGCCCAGGGCUCAUCUUUGACCAGCUUCUUCCCAGAUGUGAGCUUUGACCAGCAAUCCAUGAGGCCAGGCCCAGCCUUUACUCAACAGGUGCCCCUGGUGCAGCAAGGUCCCCGAGAACCACAGGACUCAUUUCAUUUGAGACCAAACCUGUAUUCCAACUGUGGGAGUUUCCCAAACACCAUCCUGACAGAAGACUCGAGCACCAGCCUGUUCAAAGACCUCAGCAGUGCGCUGGCAGGCAUGCCCGAGGUCAGCCUGAACGUGGACACUCCGUUUCCAUUGGAGGAAGAGCUCCAAAUUGAACCCCUGAGCCUGGACGGACUCAACAUGUUAAGUGACUCCAGCAUGGGCCUGCUUGACCCCUCUGUCGAAGAGACGUUUCGAGCUGACCGACUGUGAACAGAAUGAAACAGAACAGGAGAAUUUAUUUCUGAAAUAGCUAAAAUAGAGGAGAAUAGAAUGGAGCCAGCUACACCCCUGGGCUUCAGUUGUCUUGGGCUUCCAACAUGGAAGGAACCAAUUCCACAGCCCCCAGCUUUCAGAUGAGGUCCUGUCUUGUACACUGUGGCUUAUUCUAGACCACAGAGCCAUGCACUGCCUCUCAGGCCUGCAGCACAGGAUGUUGCUGCAGGCAGGCUGCUUUGGAGCUUCCGAUGAAUUGGUCAUCACCGUGACCAUUAGAUCUCGUGGCCAUCUAGUUGGUCGAUGUGUAAAAGUGGAAAAUAUGUAAUGGAGGACCCAGUAGCAUUGUGUAGUGCUCAGAACCACUGAUCUCAGUCAACACUGAAGGAGGGACCUGGAGGGGGAGGCAGUUAGGAGCCACAGGCCUUCGGGAAUUGGCUCAGCAUUAGCAGUGGUACCCCAGCACCACGUGCCUUCUCUGAUCUAGCCGUGACAGCUACGUACCUACCAGCUGGUGGCAGCGAUGUUCCAGGGCAGGGCGGAGAGCCAUGGCCUUCUCAGAUGCCUUAAUUCUAAUAUGACGAAUUUUUUACCACAAGACCAAGAGCAGACUUGAGUUAAGCAAACUGAAUGCUAAUUUGUUUUCUCCCGGUCUGUAAUCUCUCUUCUGCUGCUUCAGGACACCUUUUCCUAUGAACAAGAGGAAGAGGAACACUUUUAUUCAGUCACUGAAAAAAAGUCCCCUGGUAAUGGAUGAGCCUGAAGAGAACAGUGCUGCUUCUUGGUGGCUGGGGAAGAAAGAGGGGGGCUGUAGGUAUCUCACAGACACGUGACAUCCUCCAGACAAGUGCAGGCCUCCCUCUCCACAGACCGGCUGGAGGAAACAGCUGGAGGUCUGGACCAGACCCCCCCCCAGCAGCUGAGCAGCAGCAGAGGGAAGCUGUUUCUCUGUGGACCAGGAGUGUUACUAUAACCCCUCUAGACCGUAAGCUCCUUGAGGGCAGGGACUGUGCCUUAUUCCUCAUUGAACCCCUAGUACCUAACAAGUGCCUAGCACUGCGUGGGUGCCGCAUAACUGCGUGUUGAAUGCACGAACGAAGGAAUGAAUGAACGAAUCUGCCUUGCUGUGAGGCAGUCUAAUCUUGAACUAUCCCCGUUCCUUACCAAAUCUUCUCAGAGCUUUAGCUUUUCUAACGCUUGCACCUGUGGUUAAGCGUGCACUUUAAUAUGCUUUUAACGCUAGGUGACCAAAUCCAUGACUAGACUAGG